AUGGCGACGUGCGAUGCAAUAACCGUGGAUAUCCCCUACGUCCGGCGCGACGACCAAGGCAAGAUCCCGAACCAUGCGCAAAUGUUCUCUCACGACGCCGAGUUCCUCGACCUGCAGCCGGCCGAGGUCCGCAACGCCCGAGCAGCGGAUCGAGAGUUUUCUAUUCCCAAGAACGGCUUCCAAUACGCGCGACUGGCCGGCCCUCCAGAAAUUGACUACCUGGACGACGACCAAGUGAAAACCACGUACUUCCCGGAGCUUGAGAAGCUGGUCAAAGAGCAGCUCGGCGCGUCUGUUGUCAAGGCAUUCCACCACGUGGUGCGCAAUGUCACCUACGAGGACGGGAUGGCCUACACCCGCAAGCAUCGCUGCCCGGCCCGGAGGCCGCACGUCGACGUGACCAGCAAAUUCGCCCCCAUUCUGAUGAGCUGGGACUGCCCGGAGAUGCACGCCGAUGUGCACGACAACGGGAAGCACUGGCAGAUGGUCAACGCGUGGAGGCCGCUGAAGACGGUGCGCAAGAACCCCGUCACCGUGGCCGACACAGCCUCGAUGGCCUGGGAGGACUACCUGACCGUCCCGCAGCCCGAGGUUGGGCCCGGCGUCGAGGGCUACUGGCUGCAGAGGCCGCAGGACGCCGGGAGGCGCCACGAGUGGUGGUACAUGGCGGACCAGACGCCCGAGGAGGUUUUGCUCUUCCUGCAGCAUGAUUCCGGGGGUGCCCAGGUGGUGGGACACACUUCUUUCACACUACCUGGGCCGGCGCCAAAGGAGCCGAGGGAGAGCAUCGAGGUCAGAUUGUUUGUCGUUUACUGA